GUGGCUAGGGGCGAAUCACGAAUCAUCUGAAGCAGAAAUUCCGCAUGAAAUUGGUUGUUUUGGUGUUAUUUUAAUCGAUUAAAGUUUAUUCGCAUAUGUUAUGAGUGAUAAUCAUGGUAUAGACUUUGGGGAAAAGCCUCCCGUGACUGAUUUCCUUAGCCGUAAUAGGUCUCAGUGGCUGAGCUUUACUGUACUGGCCAACAUCACGGACUCUGUGUUUUCGUGGACUGACGACUUCCAGACGAAAAUCUUGUUCACGUUUCUGCUCAUUCUCAGUGUGAACGUAACUUUAAUCUAUGCCGCAUGGAUGAAAUAUGGCGAGAGUAUAACUGACAUGUAUCUAAAACGAGCACCAAAGCACGACGACGAAGAAGAGUUAGAUUUGGUUCAUAAUCUUCCGGAUUCCCUUCCCAGAGAGAUGAGCUAUCGGCAGUGAGUCUGACAAAAGCGUAAAUAUCCACGGACCGAUUUUUUGACAAUUGACAACGACAAUGGCUGCAAUUAGAAAGUUUUUCAAGGGAAAGACGAUGGACAUCAAGUUCAAGAAAGCUGGAGAGGGACACAAGCUGACCGAUGUACCACCUCCACCGAAGCAGAGUUCCGCACAGAAAGGUGCAGGGCCUUCAAGGCAGUGCUCACAGGAGGCAACUGCUGCCAAGAAGGCAGCUGCAGAUGCAGCCCUAGCAAGACUGCAGGCCCCUGCACCGGGAUUUGCGAAAGGCGGGUCGACAGCGAUACAGAUACGCGUUCGGAAGGAGCUGGAAGCUGAGCGAAAACUAGCAAAGGCGGAGGCAGAGAAGGCAGCGAUGGCCGCGGGGAAGGCCGCGCCGCGGACUGCCGACCUCGACGGCCCGCCGAUGCUCUCCGUCAGCGGCGUCUACUACCGCUGCCCCCUGGUGGGGCCCGAGGUUGGGCCUCGCGAGGCGAUCGAGGCGCGCAUCCGCGAGUUCCUGUACGCGCAGGCGGAGGAGGAGCCGACGAUCGGCCACGCACUCAUCCUGCUGACGUUGAACCGCCAGCGCGCGCGCGUUGCCGUGGAGACGAUCUGCCGUUACCUCGACAACAUCAUCGCCGAGCCCGGCAACGAACGCUACCGCAAGGUGCGCGUCGGCAACCGCGCGUUCUGCGAGCGCGUCGCCGGGCUAGAGGGCGCUGCUGCGUACCUGCGCGCCGUCGGCUUCGACGAGCAGACGCUGCCGUUCGAGGACGGCGAGGCGGACUUCCUCGUGAUGUCAGGGGAGGUCGCAGCGGACACGGGUCGGCUCGUUGAGGCGCGCGAGGCCCUGCUGGCUGCAGAACCCAUCCUACCUGAGCUCGAUCGUGGCCUGCAGGUGUUCUCUCCCUCGAGCAACGUGACAAAGUUUGACCUUCCCGACGAGUUCUUCAACCUGACGGUGGAGGAGGUGAAGCGAGAAGCCAAGCAGAGGAGUGAUGACAUGGAGAAGCAGCUGCAGCUUCGCACAAAGGCCAUGCGCGAGCGGGAGGAGCAGAAGGAGCUGAGGAAGUAUCACUUCACCCUGCUGCGAGUGAGACUGCCCGACGGCGUCAUUCUGCAGGGCACGUUCAGGUGCACCGAGCGAGCGGCGGCAGUCUACGGCUUCGUACGAGAUAACCUCCUCAACGACUGGCAGCCAUUUUGUCUGACGCCGAGCGGCGGACGCGCGCUGGCGGAGGAGGAUGAGGCAACGCUCGCCGAGCUUGGACUCGCGCCGGCGGCCGUGCUCUCGUUCGCGUGGGACCAGGAGGUCCUGCAGGAAGUCAUCGCACAACAGGGUGGGCCAGACAGGGUCGAACACUUGAAGCCCGAACUACUGAGUCUGAUGCAGAUGCUGUAGGCUGUCCGCACAGCUAGCGACACCUAGUGGCACCGUCAAGCAACCGACCUAACGGUGGCACCACCUGCCUGCCAUAUCUUCCCGCGCGUUUGGGAUCAGCGGCUGCAUCUCUGUCAUCAUCGUCGUCGACGACAAGAUUGGCGCGAUUCGUUCACGCGUCGGACGGGAGCACAGUUUUUUCGACGCGGACGAGAAAAAAGGCUAAUUAGUAGAUCGUUAGCCGCGGCGCUGCUUCCAUGGGCGAUCGCCACGCGUUCGCUUCUGCGAAUUCGCGCGCAGAUUAAUUCGCGAUUGAACCCCUAGAUGGUCGCCGCUCUCGCAUGUUUUUUUUUCUCGACGACAGCGAGACAGACGUUCACAUGUUUUGAGCUGUCGGAGCGCGAUCAGAGUCUCGUUAAUGACGGCGACUCCGCAAAACUAGUGGCGCGCUCUGUCUUUGAAAUUGGGUUCAUUUUGCGCUCUGAUGCCGCGGCUGAACUGGGUCGUUGCCGUGACGACCUGUCCGCACUGUCUUGUCUCUCUAGAGGGCAGGCGUUUGUUUGCGAGCGGCAGUGUUGCCUGGGGGCUACCAGCAGGUGGCGCUCACAGUCGUGUUCGCUGGCGAGGGAAACAAUGGUGGUCUUGUUGCCAGCGACUAAGACUGGGAAGUUCGCUAAACUGGAAGGUCGCUAAAUGCCAAUAUUUUUGCAGAGCUUUUGUGAAGCUUCUAACUGGAAUGAAGAAGGUGUGCGACGUGCCAUGUCUUCUCAUACUACUGUUGCAAUAUUCCUCACACUAAUCUCUCCAUGUAAUGUGAAGAUGC